UUGUUGCCGGACCAGUUCGGACUUGGCACGGUUUCCACGCCCGCGGACGACGCCGUCGGUGCCCCGUUGAUUGGGACAAGAACGAGAUGAAGAUCCUGUACGUCACGGACGUCGAGGGCAACUGGGAAUACUUUCUCCGCUUCGUCCGCACCGUUGCAACGAGUCCCCAUUCCGCCGGCGCGCUCUCGCUAGUCGACGGCCGCUUGGUCCUUCAACCGGGAUACAUCUUUGUCUUCGGUGGCGAUGUUGGAGACAAAGGCAACGGCACGCUUCGACUCGUCCAUCUUCUCGUGGACGCCAAGCAACGAUAUCCCGAUCGCGUGGUGCUGAUUGCAGGCAAUCGAGAUGUCAACAAAAUGCGGUGGACGUCCGAGUUUACCGACGCCGAGAUGAACUUGGCCACGAUGGACCCAGGUAUAAAAGACGGUCCGCAUUGGAUCCCCGAAGCCAGUCGCAAGCAUUUGGGCAUUGUGCCUUAUCUGACCCAGUUGCUCGACGCCCAGGCUGCAACUACAGCUCCCGUCACCGAGGUCGACUUGACUUCCGUCAACACCCCUGUCAAUCGAAUCAAAUGGAUCCUUGCGUGCACGAUGGGAUCCGACGGCGAUUUCGAACGUCGGCGCUCGGAACUCGCGUUCCUGCGUGGAUGCGCGGCCGACGAAUCGAUCUCGGACGACGACGUGCUGCGCUCGUUUCGGUCGAGUGUGGACGACGGCGGGAUCGUGCGGACGUACCUCAAGCUGUGUGUGUUGGGCAUCGCCCUGGGGUCGACUCUGAUCGUCCAUGGCGGCGUCUUCGCAGCCAAAGACGACGGUGUGCGUUGCUGCCUUGGCCGCGUGCCGCCCGUGGAUUCGCACACGUCGUACGCAGAAUGGGUGGCGGCUAUCGAUGCGUCGGGCCCAGUUAUCGAUGCGACCGUCGACGUCGGUCGCUGGAUGGACGAGCUCAAUGCAUGGUAUCGUGCCCAACUCCACGAGUGGGAGCGGUUUCCGACGUGGAAUGCUGACCACACGUUUCGAGGCGGUGAAAACCUCCAGCACUACGUCAACACUGGCGCGGCGUACAGUGUGAUUGCGGGCCGCCACCUCGAGCCGUCUGGAAUGCCCAAGCUCAUGCCCCAGAAGCUGACGGACGUGCUGUGGGCGCAGGGGUAUCGCCGCAUGUUGGUGGGCCACACGCCGCACGGUAACACGCCGACCAUCGUCAAGCAUCGCGUGACGCGAAACCAUCCACCGCCGGGUGUGUUUCAAGUCGUGAUGUGCGACACCAGCUAUAGCGACACACGUGCCCCCGACAUGCGCGGCCGGUGCACGUCGAUCGUUGUUGUCGACCACCCAACGGCGAGCCAGGACACGGCCGCCUGGCGUCGCGGCGAUGACGAUCGUGCGCAUCUCUGGAUCGAAGGCCAUUUGGACCUGUCGCAGCCACCACUCGUUCUCGAUGAAGUGUAUGGGUUUUGCCCGGAACACGAUCUCUUUGUCGGCCACGUCGUCGCACAUACGGGCGAGUGGGUCAAAGCUCCGCUAGCCAACGACCGCUACUUGGUCUGCGCUGUCACGAACGCCCACACGUACACGUACGCGGUCAAGUCAACGGCCGAACUCGCACGGUUCGCAGCGCCCACCACGGGCGUCCAGCGACUCGAGUGAAAUCGCCGCCUUCGCGAUCGACGGCGUCGACUUGAUUCCAUGCGUCCCCACGGCGUUGCUCGAGGAAGCAACUUCAAAGGCGCGGCACACAGCAUGGCGCGGCUUCGCACGCUAGACAGUCAUACGCGUCACAUGUUUGAAUCGAGGAUGGCCACCCGAUGGCCCGCUUCACACAAUCGCCAACAAAUACCAAAUGGCUUGCAUUGACCCAAA